CCAGCGUGAGCUUCUGAGUCCGUACCAACAACGUGCGACGGGUCAUCCUCGUCCUCCACACAGAGGGUUUCAAUCAAUCCGCCUCGUUGGUGACGCGUCGUGUGUGCUUCAUUUCGUUUGGAUUAAUUAUUGAAAAACAACUGUUCUGACGUAACACCGGCGGCGUGACGUCAUAGCAUAACGCCAGGGCGCAGCACAAGGGCUGCACGUGGAGCUGCGUUGACUCCACCUGAAAGUGAGGUGGCGCGCUGUCGGUGUUGGCUGCGACGGGAUUGUAAAAAGGUGUCACGGCGCGUUGAUCGGCGGACAGGCAGGAGAAAAUGAGACAAGACGUGGUGUGGAACAACAGUCAAAGAGUCUCUUUUUCAGAAGAUGUUUUCCAAAGAAGUCCAGGAGCUGCGGCCACCAGUCCAGGAGCGGCGGCCACCAGUCCAGGAGCGGCGGCCACCAGUCCAGGAGCGGCGGCCACCAGUCCAGGAGCGGCGGCCACCAGUCCAGAACAAAUCGAGUUGGACAACAGAGAAACAUCCCGGUCGACCCGGUUAAAUAAGUGCAGCCAGAGCCUUCGGACCCUCAUACCCAUCCGCUGCUCAUCGUCUCAGCCCCACCCCCUGGAUAGAGCAGGUCUCCUGUCCUUUGCAACCUUUUCUUGGCUGACCCCCACGAUGUGGGCCUUGUUCAAGAAUAGGCUGGACCCAAGCUCUCUCAAACUGUCUACUUUUGAUGCUUCUGACCCCAGCGGAGAAAGACUCAACAGACUCUGGAGGGAAGAAGUGUCAAGGGUGGGCCUGGAGAGGGCCUCUGUGAUGAGAGUUAUGCUUCGAUUUCAAAGAACCCGGCUGAUUCUGUCCGUCUUUAUUGGCAUCCUUGCCAUGGCAGCAAUGUUUCUGGGCCCGGCUGUUGUGGUUCAUGAGAUCCUCAAAUAUACGGAGGACCCAGAGAAGUCCACGGUAUUAUACGGCGUGGGUCUGUCCUUCGCCCUGUUCGCCUCAGAGUUCUCCAAAGCCUUCCUGAUCUCCUUGUUGUGGGCGGUGAACCUGCGCACUGCAGCCCGACUGAAGGGAGCCUACUCUCUGUUGGCCUUUCAGAAAGUCAUCUCUCUGCGGGGGAACAGCGGCAUUUUAAAGGGAGAGGUGAUUAGUCUUUUGUCCACUGACGGCCACAAAUUAUUUGAGGCCGUAGUGUUGGGGAGCUUCCUGCUGGCCACCCCCGUGCUCUUUGUUAUGUGCGCCAUCUAUUCCUGCUACGUUCUUUACUACACCGCACUGGCUGGAGUCUUCAUCUACGCGAUCCUCAUCCCGUUACAGGGGUUCAUUGGCCGGCUCACAAACAAAGUCAGGAAGAAAAUGGCAUCGAUAAGAGACCACCGUGUUCAGACAAUGUCUGAGAUUCUUAGAAGCAUCAAACUCAUCAAGAUGUACGCCUGGGAAGAGUCCUUUGAAGAGAAGGUUGCAGGCUUCCGGAAAAAGGAGGUGAAAAAACUGUGGACGAUCCUUCACAUCCAAAAUGGCAAUAUCAGCCUCACAAACAUCGUCCCCAUCAUCGCGACCGUUCUCACCUUCAUCUUGCACACUUCGUUGCGCUUGAAGCUCAACCCAGCUGAUGCCUUUACCACCAUCGCCAUCUUCAACUCCUUGAGGUUCUGCUUGGCUAUUAUACCUAUUUCUGUGAAGAAUCUGGCCGACGCUUAUGUCGCAAUAAAACGGCUGAGGAAGUUAAUACGGAUCCAGAAUCCGGAGCCCUACCUGAUCCAUCGGACUGGCAGUGACUCAGCCAUUGUGAUGGAAAAUGCUACAUUUUCCUGGAAAGGAGCCGACCUGCCAGACUCCCCAACCAUCACAGAUAAUGGGGAGACGUCCCAGAAUGGGAGGACCGAUACUCUGCCAACCUUAAGAAACAUUACCUUCACACUGCCCAAGGGCAAGCUGCUUGGCAUCUGUGGUAACGUGGGCAGUGGAAAGACGUCACUGAUUUCCAGCAUUUUGGAACAGAUGCACCUUCUGCAGGGCUCCGUCACAGCUGAUGGGACUUUUGCCUACGUUUCCCAGCAGGCCUGGAUAUUUCACGGGACUGUUCAAGAAAACGUCAUAAUGGGGGAACCGCUUGAUCAAUCAAAAUACAACAGAGUCUUGGAUGCCUGCGCCCUCAGAGCUGAUCUGGAUAUCCUCCCUCAUGGUGAUCAGACUGAGAUCGGAGAACGGGGGCUGAAUUUGUCAGGGGGGCAGAAGCAGAGAAUCAGCCUGGCCAGAGCGGUCUAUUCUAAUGGGGACAUCUUCAUCCUUGAUGAUCCGCUCUCUGCUGUCGAUGCUCACGUGGGGAAACACAUCUUUGACAAAUGCAUUAAGCAGGAGCUUCAGGGAAAAUCCAUCAUACUGGUAACACACCAGCUCCAGUACCUGGAGUUCUGUGACAACAUUAUGCUGGUGAACAAUGGUGUGGUGCAGGAGGCUGGGAACCACCAGGACCUGAUGAGAGCUGAUAACCACUAUGCUCAGCUCAUCAGCAACUACCAGAUGGGAGAGUCUGAGACUCCCAUUGAGGCGGAAGUGUCUCCCCAGGACGCUGCCCGGGGGAUGGACAUAGAGCCAACGGACCAGACCAACAGUGGAAUAGUGAACCACGCAUUUGAUACUGUGGGCGAAAAUGAUGACACACUGACAACUGGACCAGGAGCUCCGGUCGGUGAUCAGCUGGUCAGUCAGGAGGUUGUCACAGAAGGUGCAGUCUCCUGGAGAAUCUACCGGCAAUACUGCAAGGCAGCAGGAGGCUACAUAGCAUCUCUCCUCACUCUCCUGAGCAUCGUCCUGAUGAUUGGAUCCACGGCCUUGACCAACUGGUGGCUGAGCUUUUGGCUGGAGAAGGGUGACGGGUCAUCCAAUAAGACCUCCUCCUCAUACCAAGGCGACGUCUCAGAAAACCCAGACCUGAAAUUCUACCAAAUUAUUUAUGGCGUGAUGUUGGCCAUCGUGGUGGGACUUGCCAUCAUCAAAGGCUUCUCCUACACUUGGGUGACCCUGAACGCGUCCUGUAAACUCCACGACACCAUGUUCAAGAAGAUUUUUGCCAGUCCCAUGAGUUUCUUUGACACGACACCAACAGGCCGCAUUAUCGAUCGCUUCGCCAAAGAUCAAGAGGAGGUGGACUCGUCGCUUGCCCUCUACAUGGAUCCUUUCUUACAGUAUUCUCUCACGGUGCUGUUCAGUCUUAUCACCAUCUCUGGAGUCUUCCCCCCGAUGCUGGUGGCCGUGGUUGUCAUUGGAGCAUUGUUCGGUCUCAUUCUCUUCUUCUCCCAGAGGAGCAUCCGUAAGAUGAAGAGGAUGGAGAACAUCAGUCGUUCUCCCUACAUCUCUCUCUUCACCUCCACCCUGGAGGGCCUCAGCACCAUCCACGCCUACAACAUAAGAGACAGUCGCAUAAAACGGUUCAUGGCACUGAUUGACAUAAACUCCAACUACCAUGUAAUGUUUCACUGUGCAACACGUUGGCUCUCCUUCUCCCUGGACUCCAUAUCUGCAUGCAUGACCUUGACGGUGGCUCUGUUUGUCGUGUUAAGCAGUAAUGAGAGCAUCAGUCCGUCUUUGAAAGGCUUGGCUUUGUCAUACACCAUGCAGCUGACAGGCCUGCUUCAGUAUACAGUGAGGCAAGCAACGGAGGUGGAGGCCAGAUUCAACUCGGUGGAGCGGCUGCAGGAAUACAUCACGGGUUGUAAGUCUGAGGGCCCAAGGCGUAUCCAAGAGGCCCAAGUCCCAGCAGAUUGGCCGACGAGCGGAACCAUCACCUUCAGGGGCUAUGAGAUGAGGUACCGAGAAAGUGCACCCAUUGUCCUGAAAGGACUAGAUUUCGUCAUCCAGGCUGGGGAGAAGCUGGGCAUUGUGGGAAGGACAGGCUCUGGGAAGUCCUCUCUAGGUGUGGCUCUUUUCCGGCUGGUGGAGCCGGCAGCAGGAACCAUUCUGAUUGAUGGCAUUGAUAUAACAACCAUUGGUCUGGAGGAUCUGCGCAGCAAGUUGUCGAUCAUCCCCCAGGAUCCUGUGCUAUUUAUUGGCACAGUAAGGUACAACUUGGACCCCUUCAACAACUUCAAUGAUGAGGCCAUCUGGAUAGCGCUGGACAAGACCUACAUGAAGAACUCUAUCUCCACGCUGGAAGGGAAUCUCCAUGCAACAGUAACGGAGAAUGGAGAGAACUUCUCUGUAGGAGAGAGACAACUCCUAUGUAUGGCUAGAGCACUACUUCGCAACUCCAAGAUCAUUAUUUUGGAUGAGGCAACAGCAUCCAUCGAUGCAGAGACUGACUCCUUGAUCCAGAGCACCAUCAGUGAAGCCUUCAAGGACUGCACCGUGCUCACAAUCGCUCAUCGUAUCAACACAGUGAUACAUGCAGAUCGUAUUCUGGUCAUGGAAAAUGGCGAGGUGGCAGAGUUUGACCAGCCAGAUGUUCUGAGGCAAAGACCAGGCUCUAUGUUUGCCUCGCUCCUCGCUGCGUCCCCCACUGAACACCUACACCAAAGAGACCCUGUGGCACCACUACAAAUAACUAAAUGAUGUUCAACUAUACGACCAAAUCUUAAUCAGUCCUGUCGGUGUUAUCCGGUAUGACCGAGAAGGCACGUUUUAUGAGAUGUAUCCAUCUUUAGUCUGCUGAAACAAAUUUUUUUGAGCGAUUUCAAUGUAUACUUAAAAUAUAUUGCAUAAUACAUUUAUUUAUUUAUUUUCUGUCAAAGUGGGGAAUUUUUCAAUCUGCUGUACUAAUAGACAAGGUAUUUUUCAUGGUGAGUUUUAACUAAUGUAUGAACAACAACAUGGAAAUGGAUAAUUAAAAUGUUUUCUGUCCACCA